CCGCGUCCGAGCAGAACGUUUAGUUUGUUGAAGUCUGUUCAAAUUAAUUUUAAUUUAAUAUUUACGUUUAGAUUAAUUUAUCAAAAUGGUAAAACUAACGCCAGAUUUGAUUAAUCAAUCAAUGCAGUACAUGAAUCCAUGUAGAGAUCGCGAAUUGGAUUUGAGAGGAUACAAAAUUCCACAGAUCGAGAAUAUGGGUGCAACACUAGAUCAAUUCGAUACGUUCGAUUUCUCCGAUAACGACAUUCGCAAAUUGGAUGGUUUCCCGCAUUUACCUAGGUUAAAAUGUUUGCUAAUGAACAACAAUAGAAUAGUAAGGAUAAGUGAUAUUCUGCACGAGUCGCUACCAAACCUAGAGAGUGUGAUCCUUACCGGUAACAAUAUUCAAGAACUAGGUGAUCUGGAACCACUCACAAAGCUACCAAAGUUGCAAACCCUUUCGCUGUUAACGAACCCGGUAUCCACGAAGCAGCACUAUCGCGAGUACGUAGCAUUUCGGUUUCCGAAUCUGCGGUUGUUAGAUUUCAGAAAGAUUAAAGCAAAGGAACGGGAGGCAGCGAAGGAACUGUUCAAGAGUAAAAAAGGCAAAGAGUUGCACCGGGAAAUUAUGCGGAAAGCGAAAUUGUCGAUGCCAGUUCCGGACAAACCAUCGGUACACAAUGCUACGCCGGCGGACAUUCAGCGCAUCAGGGAGGCCAUCAAACGGGCCACCAAUCUGCACGAGGUUGAACGGCUCACCAGAAUAUUGCAAUCCGGCCAGAUAAGCGGCGAUUUUAUGUUGAACGGUAAAUUCGAGAAUCGAUUUGCGCUACUAGCGCAAAAUUUUGUUUAAGAUAUCAUUGCAGGAGUCUCUUUGAAAGGAAGGGGAUAAGUGUGGCAGAUGGUGGACGUUGAGUUUUACUUUUACUUUCUACCUACCAGUACUCAUUUAACGUUUUCUUUCAGGUGACGAGAGAAGAUUGCCAAACCAUAGCUUUAGUUCGAUUACGAUUGUUGCCAUUACAAUUGAUUAAGUUUUGUUUUCCCCCUCCUUUUUGUUUCAGGAAACGGAAAUAUGGAAACCGAUUAAACUCGGCGUUUCGUCAUUCUGCAGUAAGAAUUUGAACUACCAUCGAUAAGAACAGAUACUGAUACCAGAUUUACUAUGUAUGGGUCGAGAAGGUUUAAAUGAAUAUAAAAAAA